AUGUGGAAUAUCUGUGUUAGACCUAUUAUUGAUGUAAAUGCGACUCGGUGGAGUAGAAACAUUACCCUACGAGUGGAAAGGAAGGACAAAAUUGAGAGUGUGAAGGCAAAGAUUGAGGACAGGAUUGGAAUUUCCCGAGACGAGAUAACGCUUUUCCGUUAUGAUGGAUAUUCUCCUCUCGACGAUAGACGCAGUCUUGCGUAUUACAACUUCCGAAACUUAUCCAGAAUCUCUUAUAAUUGCGGGAGACCAGACGGAAUGCUAAUCUUGCUUGAAGACUUUGAAGUCGAAAGCUCAGACACAAUUGACAAUGUGAAGGCGAAGAUUGAGGAAAAGAAGGGAAUUCCCCCUGACAACCAGACGCUCAUGUUUGGUAAUAAGGUGCUCGAAAAUGGUAAAACCUUAGCGGACUACAACAUUCGGAGGAAUUUCUUCAUCCGUAUUAUGCCCCAUAACGAAACUGGUUCACAGAAUGCCUGA